AUGGAAACCACCCCAGGCGUCCAACUCCCACCCUCCGCCCCCGACGCACUUCCCGCCCCAUCUCCCAACUCCUCCGUAAUCCUCUCCGACAUCCUCGGCACCCAACGCACAAUCAACAUCUUCGCCGGUUUCACACGCGACAUCUCCUCCAUCUCCACCCGUCUCGACGCCUCCUCUUCCAACACCACGGUCCUCGCGCCUCUCAACUCCGCCAUCUCCGCUCUCCCUCAUAAACCGUGGGAAGAUCCUCGGGACUACGCGGCGAUGGGUACGGAGGCGUACGAGGGUAAGAGUGGGGAGGAUCGCGCGCAUCGGAAUUUGAGACGGUUUGCGGAGGCUCAUGUCGUGCCGGUUAGUCCGUGGAAGGAAGGGGAGAAGGUGGAGACGCUGGGGGGCGGGAAGGUGUGGUGGGAGGUUGGGAAGGAUGGGGUUGCUCUUGUGCAGCCGGGUGGGAUUGUGGUGGAGAGAGUGGUGAGUAGGGUGGCGAAUGGGGAGGUUUGGGUGUUGAAGGGGGUGUUGAGAUAUGCGUAG